UGCCCCGCUGGCCCCUGAUGUGAUGGCGAGGAAACCCCGUUGACAAGGCACUGCUUUUUCAUGACGGAAUUCAAAGGUGUUAAAUGACCGACCCCAUGAUCACUACCAGAAAUCUUGGUCAUGGACGAUGAAGAUGAUCGCCGUCUUCUAGAUAUUAUAGGAGACGUGCAGGCAUUGAACGAUUAUCUUCAUGGCUCCAGCAGCAAAUCAAUCGAUGAAGAUGACGUGACCAAUGCAGCCUUCGGCUCUGCCAACUCCUUCUUCACCAGCAGCGCCGGUGACCCCGGCUCCGCCCUGAAGGAUGGCAGCAAUCACCUGGGCGAGCCUGGAGGGGCGGCGCUCCCCAGCAGCCUCCAGUUCAUCGAGGCGGAGCUGGGCGGGACAUCGCCCGCAGGGGUGGAGCUAGGGGAGGAGCAGCCCUUCGACAUCCUCCAAAAGUCCCUGCAGGAGGCGGACAUCACGGAGCAGACGCUGGCCCAGGAGGCCCUGCUGGAGUCCGCGCCCCCCUCGGCCCCCUUCCCCCAGCAGCUGGUCUCCGGGGGGUUCGGGGGUGUGGGGCUGUCGCAGCUGCCCGUUCUGCAGGCUCAAGCGGGCGGGCACUUCGCCGGGGUACAGCCGCAGGGCUUCCUCCAGCAGGCCCCAGGCCAGCCCCUGCAGAACGGCUCCGCCGGGCACAUCCAGCUGCUGGGCUCCUUCAAUGGCCCGCCGUCCAUGAUGACCAUCAACAGCCUGGAGCGGCCCCAGAUCCUGCUGAGGCCGGGGGAUGCCGCCUCGCCCGGGCUGGGGGGAGGCGUGCUGGUGCAGAGGCAGGCAGGCCACGCCGGGACGGCGCAGGGUGCCAUAUUUAACCCCGCCACAGGGGGGCAAGUGUCCAUGCCCUUCAAGGGCUGCGGGACGCCCGUUCCGCUCCAGAACAUCAUCAUCCAGAGAGGCCCCUCCCCACAGAUGCUGAUCAAGUCCAUCCAGCCCAAGCCCCUUCAGGUCGGGGGGCAAACGGUGUAUAACAUCAGCGGUCUGGGCCUGCAGCCCCAGAGCGGUCCCCCUUCCAGCAGCCCCUAUACCACCGGCAGCUCCACACAGGCCCCCCAGCAGAUGACUGUUAACAUUGUGAACCAGCCUGGCCUGCACAAGCCCACCUCCGGCCCCCAGGUGGUCAACCACUCUGGCAGCAUCGUGAUACACUCUCCCUUGGGGCAGCAGCAGCAGCAGCAGCAGCAACAACAGCAGCAGACCAGUCUGCCCCCGGGACAGUACCUACUGCCCUCCUCCCUGGCCCUCACCCCCGGCACCACAACGCACGGCCUCCAAGCUCUGAACGGUCAGGUCCUGCAGACGCAGCUCCAGGUACCCAACGACCCCAACUCCACCAGCAACGCCUACUCUGGGUCCUUCCUGACCAACCAGAACACGGCCGUGCAGCUUGUCGCCAGGCAGAACUUUCCGGCCGGGGGCCAGCUGAUUGUGAACCAGGCCGUAGUGAGCAGCCAGCUAGGACAGGCCUCCCCGGCCUUGGUGCAGGUGUCCCAGGCAGUGGUGGGAACACCCAAAAACCAGCCUGGCUUCUCCACAAGCGCGCCGCUGGCCCCGGCCCCGGUCCAAGGCGCGCCCAUCCAGAGCGGCUACGCCGUGGUGAAUUCCUCAGACCCUGGCGUCAGGGCGUACACCCCACAGGAGGCCCAGGGAGGAGGGAUGCAGGCGCUUCAAGGCAGACAGCAGGUCUCUGUCAGCCUGGGGCACCACUUCCUGGUCCCCGUGGCACAGGAUGGCUCAUGCACGGGGACACAAGGGACAUCGGAACAGCAGUUUGAGACGCAGUCAUUCCAUCAGACCCAGGUCUCCCACUCUUCAACGGCAGCCCCCAAACUGCAGGAUGGAGUCCGGCAACCACAGUUGGUUAACCUGCUGGGCAACAAGGCUGGGAAACCCUCAACAGCCCUGGAGACUGUUGUUUGCCUGCCAAAUCAGGUGGGGUCCCCACAUGCGCCAAACACACAGCUCACCAAACUGAAGAGACCUGCCCCUCAGCAGCUCACUAAGGGAGGAAUGAUCCUCCAGCAGCUGAGGCGAGAUCAGGCCGGGGCUUUGGUGGCCAACAGGUCGCCCUUCUCCUCGCUGGAGGACGCCGUCCACAGGUUGCUGCCGUACCACGUGUUCCAGGGAGCCCUGCCCUCCAAUGACGACUUCCACAGAGUGGACGAGGAGUUCGAGGCAGUGGCCACACAGGUUCUGAAGCGAACGCAAGCCAUGCUGAACAAGUACCGGCGCCUCCUGCUGGUGGAGGCUGAGCGCACCAGCCCCUCCUCAGAGAUGGUGAUGAUUGACAGGACGUUCAACCAAGAGGAGCGGAGCAACCUGACCCAGGACAAACGGCUGGCGCUGGUGGACCCAGAGGGAUUCCUGGAGGAUUUCUGCUGUCUGCCGAAGCCCGUGGACAUCAGCCCGGGACAAGGGGAGCAGGGCGCCCCCGAUCAGCCGGGGGCGCCGGCCGGAAGGGACCGGCACCGCGGCGACGCGGCGCACACGGGGAGAGGGUGGGAAGGCAGGGCGAGGGGCGGGGCCGACCCCGCCCUGAGGACAGAGUCGCAGCCCGGCUGCAAGGACCCCGGCGGGGAGCAGCCCGAGGUGUCCCUCAGUGAGCACCUGGAGACGGCCAUCAAGAGCAUCCUGGACCUGAAGAGGACGCAGAGGUGCUCCCACAGCGCCGGCGCCGGCGGCAGCCCUGCCCCGGGGGCCACGUCGCCGGGCGGCGGCCCCGGCAGCCCCCCCGUCCCGGGCCAGGGCCCCGCGAGGCCCCUGCCGACGGACCCCGGCCAGCCGCUGAUGGCAGACAGAGACUCCGCUCUCGAGGCAGCUGUGAAUAGCAUUCUGGAAUGUUAGGUGGUGCCAUGUAUUUUCUUUCCUCUCUUUUGUUUCUCGUUCAGCUCUCGUUUUUCGUCUCGCCGCGCUCACCAGCAUGUCCGAGGGGUUGGUAGGACGGCGACAGAGGGCGGGGCAAACCACCCCCCCCCUUUCCCCCCACCAGGUUUCAUCACA